AUGACGGCGUCAAACCAACUCACGCUACAACAGGUAUUGGUUCAAUUCGCUACCGGUUUGCAGAAUAAUUCUGUCUUUUACACUACUGCAACCAAGAAUACAGCUUCUCCAUACUCAACGGUCCCAUCUGCUGUUCAAUUAUUGAAUCAUCAAGACCCAUUCAAUCAUAUCAAGGACCAAGUCAAUGCUCAACAAUUGACUACUAUCUUCACCAAUGAACUAACAUUAUUGAAAGGUUUACCUCAUUUGAAUGCUUUAAAGGGAAGUCCUGUCAUUAUCAAUGUCGAUCUAGACCUUCAAGAUUAUUCUAUAAUUCCAGCUUUGAAAGAUUUGGCUAUUACCACUUUCAUCUCCAAUGAUUUGGAUGCCGCUGUUAAGAAUGCUAGAACUGUUCAAGAUGUAGCAUUAAAAACUCUAUCUCCAGUUUUCCAUUUUAUCAACUUCAACAAGGCAAGUGGGCAACUUUAUGGAAAGGAUUUGAACUUACCAGAAUAUCAAAUAUCAGAAGAUGUCUCCGAUUUGGAUACUUUGAUUGGAUCUGACAAUUUCGAAUUAGUCGCAAAUAAGUCAAAUGCUUCUCCAUCAGUCCUUAUUGUAAAUUUAUCACCUUAUGACCAAGAGUUCGAAGAAAAUUUACCAACUGAUGCAGCUCUUUUGAAAAUUAAUAUCUACAGACCAUGGAAAAUAGAUCAAUUGUUACAAUUGCUUCCAGCUUCAGUUAAUAAAUUAGCCAUUGUGCAAGGUGCUUGUAAGGAAUCUCAAAGAAAUGGAUUUGAACCACUACUAUUGGAUUUCUUUGCUGAUCUAAACCAAUUGACUUCCAGGGGUAUCGAUCAAGUCAUUCUUUCUAAUGUCGGUAUUUUAGCUAAGGAUUACAAAGACACUUUGGACAUUAUCGUUAACAACAUUCAAAAGGAAUCUCCAAAUCAAGCCUUAUUCUUGGGAAAAUCAAAUGAAACUAAUGAAGAUGCAACUUUAUUAACUUCUUCCGUGGAAAAAGUAUUAAAUUUGGAACAAGCUUAUUUGAAAGUCUUAAAACAACUAUUUUCUUCUAAUUUAAACAUCUUAAAUGAAUAUUCCAGUGAAACUGUCAAGAGUAACACUCCAGAAUUUGGGUUUGGUCGUUUCCUUAAUGAUGAAGAACAACGUAAUAAAUUAUUGAAUUUGGCCAAGAAAUCUUUAGAUGCAUCCCUAUACCACUCCGCAAGAUCAAAUGAAUUGGUUCAAUUAUUAUCUAAAUGGAUCGAAUUCCAUAAUGAGAAUUUGGAUGAAUCUCAAGUCAUCGAAGCUAAUAACGUUGGUACUCAAAUAUUUAAUAUCCUUCAAGAAAAUCAAGAUUCUAAGACAGCUUUAGAAUUCUUGCAAUUGGGUUCAACAGAGGAUGCCUACCUUUUCAAAUCUCAUUGGUUAGUCGGUUCAGAUGCUUGGUCAUACGAUUUAGGUUAUUCUGGUGUGCAUCAAGUGCUAUCUUCUAAGAAAAAUAUUAACGUUCUAUUAAUUGACUCUGAACCUCAUGACGCUAGAAAGGCAUCUCCACGUAGUAAGAAGAAUGUUGGUCUAUAUGCUAUGAAUUUUGGUAAUGUUUAUGUCGCUUCCGUUGCUGUAUAUUUCUCAUACACUCAAUUGUUAACCUCUUUGUUGGAAGCCGCAAGAUUCAAUGGUCCAUCUAUUGUUUUAGCUUAUUUACCAUACCAUUCAGAACAGGAUAGUCCAUUGGAAGUAUUAAAGGAAACUAAGAAUGGUGUAGAAUCUGGUUACUGGCCUCUUUAUAGAUUUGACCCAAUUAAGGAUCAACAAGGUGAAGCAUUCCAAUUAGAUUCAUCUGUUAUUAAGAAGGAACUACAAGCUUUCUUGGAUCGUGAAAAUAAAUUAACAUUAUUAGCUAAAAAGGAUCCUCAAUUCGCCAGAGAUUUGAAACAAUCCGCUACUGAUGCCAUCACUAGAAAACAAGAAAAGAGAGCUAAAGUUGCAUUUGAUGAAUUAUUAGAAGGUCUCUCUGGUCCUCCAUUACACAUUUAUUACGCAUCUGAUGGUGGUAAUGCCACAAACUUGGCCACCAGAUUAUGUUCUCGUGCAAGUGCAAGAGGUUUGAAGGCAACUGUCAUGUCUAUGGAUGAUAUUAUCUUGGAAGAUUUAGCAGGCGAAGAAAAUGUCGUGUUUAUUACUGCUACUGCAGGUCAAGGUGAAUUUCCACAAGAUGGUAAGGCUUUUUGGGAUGGUAUUAAAUCUUCAACUGAUUUGGACCUUGCUUCUUUGAACGUGGCUGUCUUUGGUUUGGGUGACUCUUUGUACUGGCCUCGUAAGGAAGAUGCUCAUUAUUUCAAUAAACCUGCUAAGGAUUUAUUCAAACGUUUAGAAUUAUUAACUGCCAAUGCUAUUGUUCCUUUGGGAUUAGGUGAUGAUCAAGACACCGAUGGAUUCCAAACUGCUUAUGAACCAUUUGAAACCGCUCUAUGGGAAUUCUUUGGGGUUGCUAAUGCUGAUGUUGAAGAUGAACCAAAACCAUGGACCAAUGAAGAUAUGAAGAUCAACUCUGAUUUCUUGAGAGGUACAAUUGUUGAAGGUCUUGCUGAUCCAACAACUGGUAAUAUUCAUCCAUAUGAUGCUCAAUUAACCAAAUUCCAUGGUUGUUAUAUGCAAGAUGACCGUGAUAUUAGAGAUAUUCGUAAGGCUCAAGGUUUGGAACCUCUAUAUAGUUUCAUGUCAAGAGUUAGAUUACCAGGUGGUAAAUGUUCUGCUGAACAAUGGUUAGUCCUUGAUAAAUUAGCUGAUACUGUUGGUAACGGUACGAUGAAGGUUACUACUAGAGCUACUUUCCAACUUCAUGGUAUUAUCAAACAAAACAUCAAACACGCUAUUAGAGCCAUGAACUCUACUUUAAUGGAUACCCUUGCCGCUUGUGGUGAUGUCAAUAGAAAUGUUAUGGUUUCAGCUUUACCAGCUAAUGCUAAAGUUCACGAACAAGUUUCUAGUAUGGGUUAUGAUAUUUCUGAAUAUUUCUUACCAAAGACUACUGCCUACCAUGAAAUUUGGUUAGAAGGUUUGGAUGACCGUGAUGAAAAAUCAUGGCCUGAAACAUUUGCUAAUAGAGAUGAAGGUCCAACAAAGAAGAAAACUUUGGUCGGUGGUAAGGCGUUGGUUGAUGUCGAACCUAUCUAUGGCCCAACUUACUUACCAAGAAAGUUCAAGGUCAAUAUUACUGUUCCUCCAUACAAUGAUGUCGACGUCUUCGCUGCUGAUGUCGGUUUAAUUGCAAUUGUCGAUCCUCAAACUCAAAUUGUUAUUGGUUAUAACAUGUAUGCCGGUGGUGGUAUGGGUACUACUCAUAACAACAAAAAGACUUACCCAAGAACUGGUUCCUUGUUAGGGUUUGUCACUCCUGAAGAAGUUAUUCCUGCUAUUGAAGCUGUUAUGGUUAUUCAAAGAGAUAAUGGUGAUCGUGUCGAUCGUAAGCAUGCUCGUUUAAAGUAUACCAUUGACGAUAUGGGCACUGAUGUUUUCAAAAAGUUGGUAGAAGAACGUCUAGGGAAGACCUUUGCUCCAGAAAAGGGUUAUGAAAUUAAAUCAAAUGUUGACUAUUUCGGUUGGGUUAAGGAUGAAACUGGUUUGAAUCAUUUCACUGCCUUCAUUGAAAAUGGUAGAAUUGCUGACACACCAGAAGCUCCACAAAAGGCUGGUCUAAAGAAAGUUGCUCAAUUGUUACAAAAGAAUAAGUCAGGUCAUUUUAGACUAACUGGUAACCAACAUAUCUUAAUAUCUGGUAUUGAAGAUCAACAUUUGGAUGAAAUUAAAUCCAUCUUAAAGGCCUAUGAACUAGAUAACCUGUCUUUAAGUGGUUUAAGACUAUCUUCUUCCUCUUGUGUUGGUUUACCAACUUGUGGUUUGGCUAUGGCGGAAUCUGAACGUUAUUUACCUGUUUUGAUCACUCAAAUUGAAGAUAUUCUGGAAGAAUAUGGGUUGCGUCAUGACUCUAUUGUUAUGAGAAUGACUGGUUGUGCAAAUGGUUGUUCUCGUCCAUGGUUGGCAGAACUUGCCUUGAUUGGUAAGGCUCCUCAUACCUAUAAUCUAAUGUUAGGUGGUGGUUAUUAUGGUCAAAGAUUGAAUAAGUUAUACAGAGCUUCUGUAAAGGAUGACGAUGUCUUAGAUAUUUUGAAGCCAUUAUUCAAGAAAUGGGCCCUUGAAAGAGAACAAGGAGAACAUUUUGGUGAUUUCUUGAUUAGAGCAGGCAUAAUUAACCCAACUACUGAAGGGAAAUAUAUCCAUGACGAUAUUCCUGAGGAUGCUUAUUAA